AUGGCCAUUAGUAAGGACUUUACGGUCGCAGUGAUUGGUGGCGGUCUCGUAGGCGUUCUGUGUGCCAUCGCACUCGGCCGUGCAGGCAUAAAAGUCGACAUUUUCGAGGCUGCACACAAGUACGAUGAGAUUGGCGCCGGCAUUGGUAUAGGUCCGAACUCGGUCCGUGUUCUGAAGGAUAUGGGUAUUUUCGACGACUUCCUUGCCGUCUCCGAGAAUCGUGAUACCUUACCUUUGAUCACUUUCGUCCGUGGCGCGGACCCUCAUGACGAGAUACUCCAGUACACAGACCACAUUUUCGAGGUCGGGGGAUAUGGACUACAUCGCGCCGCCUUUCUCAAGGCUCUCGCUGAUCUUCUGCCAGCCGGGGUAGUACACUCGCACUUCCAGAAGCGCUGCAUCUCCAUUGCAUCCUCGAGCAACGGGCGUCCCCGCGUGCACUUCGCGGAUGGCAGUAUGCAUGAAGCGGAUCUCAUCAUCGGUGCUGAUGGUCUCAAGAGUGCAGUCCGAACGCAAGUGUUCGGGGAAAGAGGCUCAGGGCUCGUCGAUACGGGCUCGCGCGCAUAUCGGCAGAUCAUUCCUAUGCAACGCUUGCUCGAUGCAGGCAUCAAGGAGGAGAUGCUUCGACCCAAGGCGCGGAUUUGGCUGGGCGCCCAAGACAAGUACAUGAUAGCGUACCCAAUUGUGAAUGGAACGGUGCUCAAUGUUGCGGCCUUCACUCUCGAUCGUACUCAAGAGAUGGUUCCCGCUAACUCCGAAGUCCCAUGGCUCAAACCCGCGUCCACCGGCGAAUUGCUUUCCGCAUUCCAAGACUUUGGGGAAGAAGCACGCGCUAUACUAGGCUGCAUGGAGGCCCCGAAUAAGUGGAACCUCCAUGCUCUGCACCCGUUACCUGAGGCUCUGGUCUCCGUGGCACCUGAUAAAAAGGCGGCGAACAAGGACAAGCCCGUCUCUGUUGUCCUCGUGGGCGACGCGGCGCAUGCCAUGCUCCCCCAUCUCGGCGCAGGCGCCGGGACAGGCAUAGAAGACGCUUACGUGCUUACAAGUCUGCUCACGCACCCUCAGACACGGCUGGCCAAUCUUAGCGAGGUCCUUUGUGCGUAUGAUGUUGUCCGUGGACCGCGCAUUUCGGACAUCAUGAGUAGGAGCAUUCGCGCGGGUGACAUAUAUCAUGGCUACGGCCCCAGUGGCGCGACGGACGAAGGCCGUCGGCGGGACUUGGAUGCUCAGUGGCAGCCAAUCUGGCAUCACGAUCUUUCUGUAGAUGUCAGGCAGGCAGUUGAAUCGCUACAGCGGAAGGAUUACUUUGAACGCGAGUAG